AUGGACGACCGACCCGCGGAGCUGGCCGAGGCGCAGUACCAGGCGCCGUUUGCGAUGCCGCGCCGUGCGCGUGCCUCGAGUGCAGCAUCCUCGAUGUCGUUCUUUGACGAGCGUGAGCUGCAGGAGGCGCAGGAGUGGGCCUCGUCGCAGGAGCGGCCGGCCGGCGUCCCGAUGCGGCGGCGCCGGCGGGACUCGCAGGUGGGCAGCUAUGACGACCACAGUGCGAUCUUUGACGGCCCGGCCGCUGAAGGCGUGCCGAGCUCUGUGUCGAGUAUGCACCACGUCAUGGCGCGCCCGUCGUUCCAGACGUACUCGCGGCGGCAGCGCCGCGGCCGCGGCCGGCGUCGCCGGGACAGUGCUGCGCACUCGCGCGAGCCGUCGCCGACGAGCGAGCGUACCGGCUCGAACGCAUCGCACACGGCGAGUGCGAUCUCGUACCGCAAGCGCGCCUACCGUCCGCGGGACGAGGCGCAGGGCGAGCCGGCGCAGAAUGGCAUUAUCGGCUCCUUCUUUGCGACGAUCCGUGGCGAGGAAGAGCCGUGGGACGAGCAGGCGCUUACCGACGAGUACAGCGAGGAGCCGCGCAGCGACGACGACGAAGAGUACAGCGAGGGCGAGAGCGACCGCUCGUCGACCUCGUCGCGCCGCCGCGACUCGCCGAGCCGCAUGAUCCCCAACGUCUUUGGCACGUACGAGGAGCCGUUUGCCGAGCACGACGAGAACGAGGCGCCGUUCGACGAUCCCGCGCUCGGCGCCAAGCCGGUGCACCUCAAAGACUUUCCGGAUGCCGCGCCGCUCCUCGACGAGGGGCCGGCGCCGGUCGAGGACGAGGCGCAAAAGAGCGUGUGGCUCGACAAGUCCUGCCGCGACAAGCAGCAGAUCUACCUUGCGGACGAGGACACGCUCAUCCGCAUCACGGGCUACACCGUGCGCACCGACCGCAUGCUCCUCUACCACGUCGCGUGCGUGCUCACGCUCGGCAUCCUCGCGCUCCUUGUGCUCUGGUUCCCCAAGUGGCGCCUGCAGUACCUCUUGCGCGAGUGCGACUUUGCGCACGCCGAGUUUGUCGUGGUCGAGAACCAGUGGGGCGACCUCAGCCAGGAGUCGUUUAUGCUUGUGCCGUUUGCGCGCCCGCUCCGUGCGGUGUUCCCCGCCUCGUCGCGCGAUCCGCCGUGCACCCACGCGCAGUACCAGGCGAUGCUCCAGGACCCGCUUGAGGACGAGGGGGAUGCCGAAGAGGUCGUCGACCUGCGCAUGUUUGAGUACCGCUACACACGCUUCCUCCUGCACCCGCCCAGCGGGCGCUUCCGCACGAUCAAGGACUGGCGCGACACUGCGUGGACCUCGUCGGGGGCGAUGCAGAGGGGGCUGCGUGCCGACCUGGAGAAGGAGCGCGCGGCGGUCUUUGGCGCCAACGUGAUCGAGAUCACCGGCAAGACGACGUGGGAGCUGCUGGUAGGCGAGGUGCUGCAUCCCUUCUACAUCUUCCAGAUCGUCUCGAUUGCGCUCUGGAGCUUGGACGACUACUACUACUAUGCGUUCUGUAUCGCAGCCAUCUCUGUCGGGAGCAUCUUUUCGACGCUCGUCGAGACGAAAAAGACGAUCAAGCGCAUGCGCGAGAUGAACCGCUUCGUGUGCUACGUGCGCGUCCUGCGCGACGGGCAGUGGUCGAUGGUCGAGAGCAGCGAGCUGGUGCCGGGCGACGUGUAUGACGCGGCGGACGCCAACCUCUCUGUGCUCCCGGCGGACAGCGUGCUGCUCACUGGCGACGCGAUCGUCAACGAGAGCAUGCUCACCGGCGAGAGCGUGCCGAUCAGCAAGCAGCCGAUCACCGAGGCGGCCGUGCACACGCUGCAGACGACGCGCAGCGACCUCGCGACGCACCUCGCGCGCCACUUUCUCUUUGCCGGCACCAAGGUCAUCCGCAUCCGCCCGGUCGCCGGCGCGGAGGAGACGAGCGCCAAGGCGAUCGUCGUGCGCACCGGCUUCCAGACGACCAAGGGCUCGCUCGUGCGUGGCAUGCUCUUCCCGAAGCCGAUGGGCUUCAAGUUCUACCGCGACUCGUUCCGCUUCAUUGGCUUCCUUGCAUGCAUCGCCGCCGUGGGCCUCUGCCUGAACACGAUCAACUUUGUCAAGCUCGGCAUCGCGUGGAGCACGCUGCUCAUCCGCGUGCUCGAUCUCGUGACGGUCGUCGUGCCGCCUGCGCUGCCGGCGACGAUGAGCAUCGGCACGGCGUUUGCGAUUGUGCGCCUGCGCCGCCAGGGCGUGUUCUGCAUCUCGCCGACGCGCGUCAACAUGGGCGGCAAGGUGAAUGUCGUGUGCUUCGACAAGACCGGCACGCUCACCGAGGACGGCCUCGACGUGCUCGGCGUGCGCACCAUUGAUGCCGCGCACCAGUUUAGCGAGCUGCACCAGGCCACCGACGAGGUCCCGACGUCGGCCGCAAGCGACAGUCCGCUCGUCCUCCUCCAUGCGCUCACGACGUGCCACGCGCUAAAGGUGGUGAACGGCGAGGUGAUUGGCGACCCGCUCGACGUCAAGAUGUUUGAAUUUACCGGCUGGGCGAUUGACGAGGGCGACGACGUCCAGACCUCGAUCGACGCCGCGCCGAGCGGCGAGGAGCGCCCGCCUGCGCUCGUGCAGACGGUCGUGCGCCCGUCGGGCGGCCCCGCGUUCGAGGCGGGCGCGCUUCCCGACGCCGAGCCGUUCCUCGAGCUGGGUGUGAUCCGCACCUUUGACUUUGUCUCUUCGCUGCGCCGCAUGAGUGUGGUUGUAAAGCAGCUGCGCUCGCCCACGAUGGAGGUCUACGUCAAGGGCGCGCCGGAAGCGCUCGUCGACAUCUGCGACAAGUCGUCCCUCCCGGACGACUUUGACGAUCUCCUCUCGUACUAUACCCAGCACGGCUACCGCGUGAUCGCGUGCGCGGGCAAGUCGCUGCCGGGUCUCUCGUGGGUCGAGGCGCAGCGCAUGCCUCGCGAAAAGGCCGAGAGCGACCUGCAGUUCCUGGGCCUGAUCAUCUUUGAGAACAAGCUCAAGCCGGGCUCCGCGCCGGCCAUCGCGACGCUCCGCCACGCGAAUAUCGGCUGCAAGAUGGUGACGGGCGACAACCCGCGCACGGCCGUGAGUGUCGCGCGCGAGUGCGGCAUGCUGGGCCAGUCGACGACGACGUUCCUCGGCACCUUUGCGCGCGGCUCGCCCGAGCAGCCGAACGACGUCGUGCUCGACUGGACGAGCACCGACGACGAGCGUACGCAGCUCAACCCCGACACGCUCAAGCCGCGCGAUCUCGAUCCGAGCUCGACCGAGAUGGGCGACUUUAGCGUGCUCGACUACGAGCUCGUGGUCACCGGCGACGUUUUCCGGUGGAUGACCGACUAUGCGCCGAUCGAGAUUGUGCGCCGAAUGCUCAUCAAGGGCACCAUCUUUGCGCGCAUGUCGCCCGACGAGAAACACGACUUGGUCGACCGCCUCCAGGAGCUCGGCUACACGGUCGGCAUGUGCGGCGACGGUGCGAACGACUGCGGUGCGCUCAAGGCCGCCGAUAUUGGUAUCUCGCUCUCCGAGGCCGAGGCGUCGGUCGCCGCGCCCUUCACCUCGACGCGCCCCGACAUUUCGUGCGUGAUCGAGGUGAUCAAAGAGGGCCGUGCGGCGCUCGUCACAUCCUUCUCAUGCUUCAAGUACAUGGCGCUGUACAGUCUGAUCCAGUUCACCUCGAUCACGAUUCUGUACAACCUCGCAAGCAGUCUCGGCGACUUCCAGUUCCUGUACAUUGACCUGUUUAUCAUCCUUCCGGUCGCCGUGGCGAUGGCGCGCACGCUGCCCUACCCCACCCUACACGUCAAGCGGCCGACAGCGAACCUCGUCUCGAAAAAGGUGCUGCUGUCGAUGAUGGGGCAGGUCGUCAUCUGCUCGCUUGCGCAGGUCUUUACGUUCUGGCUCACGCGCCGCCAGGACUGGUACGAGCCCGCCCCGCUGAACCCCGACGAGCUGAACGUGGUCAAUGCAGAGAACUCGGCCAUCUUCCUCGUGUCCUCGUUCCAGUACAUCACGGUCGCGGCCGUGUUUAGCGUCGGGCCGCCGUUCCGCAAGCCGAUCUAUACAAACCCGAUGCUCCUUGCGUCGCUCACCGUGCUCGGCAUGCUCUCGACCUUUUUCCUCUUUGUCCAGUCGGGCUUCUUCUUUAAUCUGCUCGGCCUCGUGCCGUUCCCGAUGGCCUUCCACUGGGAGCUGUUUGCGAUCGUCGUCGUAAACACCAUUGCGUGCUUCGUCUUUGAGUCGUACUUUACGCAACCGCUCCUGCAAUUCAUCAAGUUUGUGCAGCGCAUUUCCCACCGCGGCCGCCACCACAAGUCGCGCAAACACAACCAGAAGACAUACAAGGCGGUCAUCUCCUCGCUCAAUGACCCGGCCGAGGCAUAG